CGCAACAGUGUUCAGUCGCGGUCCGUUCCCUGGUACGACCGGACGUGUGCGCGAGUUUGGCUUUACCCUCGUCGUAGUCGUCGUCGCCGUCGUCGCCGUUUUCGUUAGUUGUUAUCGCCGUGAAUGGUUUGCGAGCUUCUGAACUGGCUCUGUUCUGCAGAACAACCACACCAACGGUAGAGUGCCCCUCCAGUUGUUGCCCCUGUGAAACGAGUACGUCAAGUGUCACCAGGAACGGAACGGUGAUCGUGUUCGUGCACCGUAUCCCCGCGGCACACUGAUAGGCAUUAAUCACUGCCCCUAACACUUCUUUUAGCUCACUGGCUGUGUGUGUGUGUGUGUGCGUGUACUAAUAAUACCACUUCAGCAGAUAGUGCCUUUCUUCAAGUGGGGUGACAUGCUGGCACAGUGGGCCAGCGCCAGCAAGUCAAGUGCUUACACGGUUGAUGCAGAUGGGUCGCAAAUAGCAACGGUCAAAGUCACUCCGUGCCAUUAUACAGCAAAAGAAGUAAUUGUUAGAAAAGCGUAAAAAUGCUUCCCAUAUUUAUACAUACUCUUUCGGGGAAGUUGUGCGUGCGUGAUCUGCGGUGAAUUGUAGGAAGUGGUACGAUUUUGCGGUGAAUUGUAGGAUUUUGAGAACUAAUCAUGUACACGCCGAGUGCGGGAAAUCGGAAAGCCAGUUAGCGCUCGUCUACGGUUAGCAAGCAUCCGCGCGCAGGUGCUGUCGAAUUGGUCGAAUCAAUCGUUUGAAAUCGGUUUUCGCGGCGUCCAGCGCGCUCUCUGCUUUGUCAAACACACAAGCUAGUAAUUCGCGACAGUUUUGCGCGUCUCGAUCGACAUCAGUGACCAAGUGGGACAGCGAUGUACAGCGACGACAAGCGCUUCCCGAGUCGCACGCAGCCGGGCGUUGCUUUUGGCGAUCCGGGCGUUCAGCCGGGGGUCGGCGCACUGUCGGAGAUGGACAAAUGUUUCCCCUACUCCAUCCUGACCAAGAAGCACCCGCUGGGAGGAGGAUCCGGUGGGACCGGCGGCCCGCUCGCUAAACCGUCGGUUCCUCCGACCGUACCGAGCUAUCUCGGUUUGCAGCGGGAACCGUCGGCAAACGCGACCAAACCGGAGGCCGCCUUCGACCCCAGCGGUACGCCCGAUGUGAACAACUUCUACGGCAGUGCGAUGGUAACGGACGUCGGUAUCUGCUUCAGCAUGAGCAACGUCAAUCUGAACGGCCACCCACCGAGCAUACCGCUUGCCACGGGCGCACUGGUGCCGCCGGCAGCGGUCGCCGGCCAGCCGCGCCCCAGUGCCCUGGCCGCUCCGGACGUGAGGCGCAAAUCGUACGAAGAUCCGGGUCCGGAGACGGCCCUGCUCAAUGCGCGGCGCCGGGCGGCCGCCUUCCUGCCCGUCACGGCCAACGGUGGUCGGGCGGCCGGUCCGAUGGCCGGAAGCGGUGCAGCAACGCUCGCCUCGAUGCACCACCACCACCAGCAGCGCCGGCCGCAAGCAUUCCCCUUUCCGGCGGCCACUGUCUAUCCGCUGGCGCACCAUCCACCCGGCACGGUGGCGGCCCCGUUCCCGCAGCCGCUGGCCAACGUGCAUCCUCCGGUGCAUCAGCCACUGCCGCGGCAGCGAUCGGUCGGCCCGGUCGGCAAAGGGGCGUACGGUAGCGUACGAUCGACCAGCUCCGAUCGGGGCCGGGGCGGAGGGACGGGAGGAUCCCCUUCGAUGAUCCCCACGAUCGGAACGCUCGGCGGCAUCGGGACGUUGCGAUCCUCGCCGCCCUACCCCAAGCAACCGCCCGGUGCUGCUACGAAACCGUCCGCGGUGAGCUACUACCAGCCAUUGCCGGCGACCGGCGGCCCGGGUACGGUUCAAGCCCAGCCGUCCUAUGGCCAUCCACUUGCCGGCGCCCCUACCAGUCAAUCGACACCGGCAGCAGCACCACCACCACCACCGCCCGUUGGCUACCAUCAUCAGCGUGGCAACGUGCUGCCGUAUCAUCAUCUGCCGCUAGCGAACGGUGUGCCCCUUGCCGGUCCAGCGGCGGCCUCUCCGGCGACAGCAGCAGCAGCAGCAGCAGCGGUUGCGGCUGCCGCCGCCAGCUACGAAUACUAUCGGUACGCGAUCGAGGCGGCCGAAAGUGUCGGCAAGCUGCCGCCGUCGGGUUCCGCCCAAUCCGUGCUGCUUCCCACUGGCACGAUGGCCGCCACCGCUGCCCGCACUGCCGGCGAGGAUGGUAGCAAGGGAGCUUCGGGCACAGCUUCGGGGCCGGUGGUGGAUUACAACGGGUUGCGGCAGCUGUUUCUCAAAUGCUGCUACAACGAGAUGAAGCUACUGCCGGCGUCCGGCGGUCCAGCGCAUCCAGCGGCGCCCGUCCUAUCCUCGCCGACGGUCGGGUGCGUUUCUGCGCCGACCUCGACCGCCACCAGCCUGUCGGCCGACUCGCCAGUCCACUCGUACGACUUUGAGCCGCAGGAUCCGCGCGCUGCCGGUAGGGACGCACCCGUCAUCUAUCCGUCCGGGCAGCAGCAGCAGCAGCAACACCACCAACACCAUUACCACCAGCCACUCACUAGCCGAUCGUGUCCGAGCUCACCGAACGGACCGCACUGCCAUACGUCGUCGCCCGCACUGCCAACGCUUGCACCGUCCGCCUGCUCCACCCCGAUCGGUAGUGGAAGGUUGUCCGCCCAGCAGCACCAGCACGAUCGCUACGAAGCGAACGAAGACGAGGUCCGUCCGAUGGAGGUGUGCAGCGAGGAUGGGCAGGAGGAACCGAUUGAACCGGAAGAAUGCUGCAGUGACGAGCCGAAGGACUUUAGCAUGAAAUCGAAAGCACUGUCAGUGGGGCACGGUGGUGUGUGGCCGGCGGCAGCGCAGCGCGAUGAGUGUGCCAUCGGACCACAGCGGAUCGAGGAUCGCAGCAGGAAGGAAAUUAAGGCCGCGCCGAAAAAGAAAUGGAUCCACCGGCACUACAUGAAGGAUGAGCCACUUACGAAUGGCCAUUCGACGGCUCCGCCGCUAGUCGUGAUUGCGACGAACGGAACGCAACAGCAUCCGGCGGCGAAGCAUCAUCUUACCCUCAACCACGUAGCGGUACCGAUCGCGCCCAGCUCCAUCCCGGCCGGCGCCCCCACCACCAUCACCACCACCUCCCCCUCCCCGAUGACGAUCGAUCUCUCCACCAAGGGGUUGAGCCAGCAUCAGCAAACAAGCACGACGCACUAUGCUGCCGCUGCCGUGCAUCCGUCGCCUCUCUCAACGACACCACCCGCCACGACCACCACCGUAUCGGCACUAUCUUCAUCCUCCUCCUCCUCCUCAUCCUCCUCGUCGUCCUCCUCCUCCUCCCCUUCGUCGACGACGCUCACCGUAUCGCCGGUCGACGACUCACAGUCAUCGCUCAACCUAAGCAACGGUUCCAGCAUUAAUGGCUACAUUACCAGCAGCAGCAGCAGCAGCAGCAACAGUAGCGGGGCCACCGGUGCCCCCAUCGGUGGCACAUCUCCACUGCCGCCCGGGCUAGCGGGCAUGCUGCCAAUCAACAUCACCAACGUGCUGCAGGCGUCGGCCAUUGCUGCUGCCCACAACGGCGGCACCGGCAGUAGCACACCGAACGGGACGAUCGUGACGGCGGCGGCUGCAACUGGCGUGCACCAUCUGCCGCUCGAGCUGCAGCAGCAGGUCGCGGCCGGCCUGUCGGUGGCGGCCAUCAGCUCGCAGGGUGCGCAGGGCCUCUUUGCCAACAUCCCGACCGGGACGCGGCGGCGGACGACCAGCUCAAACAGCAACGGCAGUGUCGGCACGCGGGAGGUACACAACAAGCUGGAGAAGAAUCGGCGGGCCCACCUGAAGGAAUGCUUCGAGCAGCUGAAGAAACAGCUCAGCCUGCAGCCGGACGAGAAGAAGAUAUCCAACCUAUCGAUUCUGCACGCCGCCAUACGGCACAUACAGCUGCUGAAGCGCAAGGAGCGCGAGUACGAGCACGAGAUGGAGCGGCUGGCGAAGGAGAAAAUUGCGUCCCAAAACCGUAUCCUCGUGCUGAAGCGCGAACUCACGCAGAUGGGCGACAUCGACGUGUCCCGGCUGGCACCGGACACCGAUAUUACGCCGAACCCAACCAAUGGUGGUACCGUCGUCUCGCCGAACGGCCUGCAGAUGGAGCGAGAUCAACCGUCGGACACUAUACCGGGCCGUAAUGGGAUUCGGUACAGCUCCAGUAGCUCGCUGUCCAGCAUAGCUACGAACGCGUCCAUCAGCAACCUGCCGCUUCAGACGACCAUCUCGCCGGUGCUCUCCGUGUCAUCGCCAUCGCGGGCCAGCCCGGCCCUGAAUCGCAGCUCGACCUCGCCCGCCUCGUCGCUGUCGUCCGCGUCGCCAUCGUCGUCGGCCGCCUCCAGCUUAUCGGUGUCGUCCGCAGCAGCCGCCAGCCUGAUGGCUCCCCUCUCGCUCACCACCAAGGGCACCGCUGGUGCGGAGCCGGCGGUGCACAACGGGCUCAAGAUUACGGCGGCGGGCCAGCUGAACGGGCUGAACCUGACCAGUGCCUCGCUGGCGAUGGUAAACGGUGCGAACGUGACGCUCAACGGCACGACGGCAGCGACCACCGCCCCACUACCCGUCAUCGUUGGUGCAAACGGCACGGCCAACAUCGUGGGCAUCGCCCAUUCGCAGCUGCUAACAGCAUCCACCGCAGGCGGUUCCUCCCCGGCCGCCAUCCAGACUAUCCCACUGAACCUGAACGUUACAUCGAGCGCGGUGAGCAACGGGCUGGUCACCGGCAGCGGUCCCGCCUCGCUCGCCAUCGCAACUGCGGGCGCCGGCGGGCCGCUACAGCUGACCAGCCACAAUGGUGGUCCCAUCGGUGGUGGCAGCAUUAGCAGCAGCAGCAGCAGCAGCAGUAGUCAUAGUAACAGUAACACUAGCAGUAGUAGUACCGGUGCCGCCAACACUACCACCGUCGUCGGCACGAUCGCCAGAUCGAUGUACAGUGCGGCGACGAUCGCACCAUCCAUGCCGACGUCCACGGCGGCGGCGACGACUAUGGUGCACGUGCCAACCGGCGGCAGCAAAGAACUGAUCAACGGUACGAUCGGCAAGAACGGUACCGUACGGACUGAUAAUAGUAAGCUUGAGAUUAUCGCAUCGCAAUCGCAACCCACCAACCACAGUACACAGGCCGUUGUUGGCGCUACGGCCCUCGACCCACCGGGAACGAAGGUUAUCACGAUCAUGAAUGGUAACACGUUCGCACUGGCCCCGCUGGACAAGGACAGCAAGAUGGGCGUUGUCUACAGCCCCAUACUGGUGCCGACUUCGCAAGGACUGCGCAUGAUACAGCAGGGCUCGAACGGAUUGGCAACGAUCGAGCUCGCACCACCGAAUGGUGGCAAUCGUUUGCAGCUGCAUUUAACUCACUAAGGGGUCUGCGUGUAGAGUGAAAAGGUGUGAGUGUUUGUUUGGGGCGCGUUUGUAUGUGUGUGUGUGUGUGUGUGUGUGUGUGUGUGUGUGUGCACACGUGCACGUUGUAGAGAUUUGCUGAAGCAGCAAACAGCAGUGGAUGGAAAGUGAUUCGAGAUUGCCGUUGGCGCCGUUUUCCGUGGACACAUACUAUGGACAAGAACCACAACAACACACCUGCCCACCUGUGGGACCAAAGCUCUGGAUCACAAGGAUGGCUGAAAUAGAGGUGGAAUAGUGGUGGAACAAAAAACAGUGUCCUAGUUGCAGCGGCAGAAAGGGCCAGCGUUUUUAUACACCACGAAAGCGUUCCAGUGCACCAGAGAGUGUUUGCUGUACUGGAGGCUGAAUGUGAGGAAUGCGGAAAAGAACCAAGCUACUUAACGGAAUCCUAUAUGCGUCUGGAAUGUGAUAGAUGCCAACACUGGGCAAUCAAUCCGUUUCCGUGUCACCGAGCAAGAGCGUGCUGAAUCAUCAUCCCGCCGAUAACCGGAACCGGAUGGUACAGGCGACGAACCCCAACAAUAGCAUAGGGAAAGGGAAAACCAUGUUCUGCAACGGCAACGGAGGAAAUUAUAGUACCGAUACAAAAACACAAUAACAGCUACCAGUUCCUUGCUUAAGUGGUGGCAGUUUUUAAACGGUGUGCGUGUGAGUGCCAGGAACCCAUUCAGCAAAGCAAACAGAAAGGAAAACGGAUGGUUACAGCCACAAAACUCACAGACCCGAGACAAUAUAGCGUAGUCUAGCAGUAGCUGUAGCUCUUUUCCUCUUCUCGUAUACUUGUUUGUAUCGCCGUAAUCCACGAAGGGCACCAAACAAAAUCGAACAUCGACCGUUCAUCAACACAGCAGGCUACCACAAGAGUCCUGCAUCAUGACCAAUUAGUCACACGAUACACACACAUGUGUGUGUGUGUUUUUUUUUAAAUAGCUACAUAUGGCGCAUGUAUGUGUGCGUGCGUGUGUGCGUGCGAGGUGUGUAGUAUGGCUGUGAAAGCAUAGAGAGGAAACAAAGCAAGCAAAGGAGGAACAAAGCAUGCAGAAGACGAAGAAAAAAAACAGAAGAGACGUGUGCAAAUUAUAUACGAAUCGGUUUCGCAAUUUCUUCCUCUUUCUCACCACAUUCGGUCAGAAACUCGAUACUCACGCAUUCGGGAGGGUGAUGAUGGUGGUGGGGGUUGUUGGGUGUGCUCUGUCCACCCGCGCGCAUUUGCUCGUCCCGUUUCGAUCCCGUUGUGAGACUUUUGCAGAAUUGGGCCGAAACAGGGGAGUAAGAAGCAGCAACAGGUAGAAAAAGUAACUUGAAAAAGAAAAAAACAAAACAUUUUGUAAGUAGAAAUUCACACACACACACAAACACAACACACACACGGAGGACACGGGAUAAGUGUGCAGGGGCAAGGCUAAACUCUAAUUCGUACACAUAGCGCAUAGCGGCUGUCGCGGCAACGAAGCUUUAGAGCCAAUGUGACCAGGAACAAUCGAUGUAGUAGAAUACACAAAUCCACUUUGUAAAAAUGGGAAGAAAUACUCUCCCUUCCGUAAACCCCCCCUUUCAACUGGAUCAAUUUAGUUGGGAUGGGAUGAAGAAGCUUUAGGAGAUUAGUGUGUGUUUGUGCUACUAUCUCGCAGCUUCUACUACUACCUACUACUACUACUACUACCACUAUUAUACUAGGAAGCGGAACCUAACAACUAUCGCUCUUACUGCAGCAACCACAACUACUUCGGUUGCUACGAUCACUGUGUGUUGUGUUAGAAUAGUUCACGUGUUUCGAUGUGCAUGGAUGUGUCUUUUACAGUGUGAACGUGUGUGUGUGUGAGUGUCUCCUUUUGUGUCCUUUUGUGUGUCCGCGCGCGUGUGUGUAUGUUCACAGCAGAAGUAGUAGAACACGCCACACCACGGAGGCAAAAGGAAUACCCACAGUACCAAUUAAUGUCAACCACAAAGUAAUGUAGCAGAAGCGUUUGUGUUUAAUAUAGUGCAAUAGAAGGGAGGGUUUCGAUGCGGGAAAGAAUCAAGGGCCGAGUGGUAGAAAGAACCCAAAACUGGCAUUCAACCAUGGGAAACAAUUUUACACGAGCGUAUAGUCACGAGUAGUCAGCAAUAGUCAGCAAAAAAAAGGCAAAAUACACUUCACAGGAGCUUAGAAGAUAGAAAAAAAAAAGGAAAAAGGGAACAGUUCCAUGCUGUUAAAGGGGGCACUUGCAUUCGGUGCAAACAUGAAACAGACAGAGCAAAGGGCAUACAAACAAAAACAAUCAUUUGAAUGUACUACAAAGAGGAUUAUUUAGACCUCUUCAGUCACAAACAGACUUGGGUAGUGCAUAGUAAAAAAUGCAGAAAAUAAGAGGAAAAAAAACACACACACACACAUACACACAUUCAAACAAACGAAACAGGAUAGUUUAUGAAACUAUACCUAAAUGUAUGCUAUCAAUGGUGUAAAAACCCAACCCCCGGAUAGAGGGUUUACAGCAAGGAGCGAAGCUGAAGAAAGAAGCUGAAAAGGAAAACUGGAAAACGAAGCUAGUAAAAAAAGAAAAGAGAAAAAGAUAGUGUCUUGUCGUACAGGAAAAGGUAAUUAUGCACAGAGUAAGUAACCAACGCGAGAAAAUGGCACUUUUACGUACACAAUUUGUAAAACCAAACAGAAAACAAAACGUUUAUAUAUAUAUUUUUGUACUGUACAUAUAUUGUAGAGGAGAGGUAAGGUGUGUAAGGUGGGGACAGUGUUGCAAACAGGAGGGAGAGUGGAAAUGGAACAGCGCAAUCAGUCAGAGAAGGGAGCAAUGGAAUGGAAUGUGUGCGUGUGUGUGUGUGUGUCUGUGUGUGUAUCUAUCAUUUUUAAUAGAUUAGGAAGAGGAAGGUAAUUUUUACUAUCUGUCCUGUAUUCCCACAGACAGAAGGCGCAGAGUGAAGGCCAGAGACAUGAAACGAAACAGUUACAAAGAAAACUAGAAACGUUUACACAACGAAUGUGUCUUGCGUGCGUGCGCGUGUGUGUGCGUGUGUGUGUUGGACAGAACUGCACACUACCAUCCCUACCCUAUUCGUGUGGUAAAUGGAGAACAGUAGGCCAAGGCAGGGCAGAAGAGGUAAACAACUAUUUUAAACCUACAAACACACACACAUAGACACACAAGAAAACAAACAAUAAGAACUAUUAAAACAAAAAGAAAAUCGAAAAUGAAAGGCAUUACAAGUAACAAAACAAAAAAAAAGUGACUGAUAAGUAGAAAAGGAUAGCGAGAGUGUAUUUAAACAAAACAAAAACACGGAAAAGCGAUUGUGAACGGUGUGUAUAGAGAGGAAAGGGAAUGAGAGAAAGAGAGGCGGGUUUGUUUUAAUUUGUUUUAUUUUCUAUUGUAUAAGCCACUAAGUUUAUUAUGUAUUGUACAGUAUUUAAAACAACAACAACACAAAAAAAAAACAACAAACACACAAAAUUACAAUAAAAAGUAUAAAUCAAACAUAACAAAACGGGAACAGCAUUCAUGGAUGACUAGCAGAAAAAAAACGAAAACCUAGUGGUCGGUAGUAUACCAUGGUGUAGAUAAUGGCACUAUCUACAAGGGAAAUCACCCACCCACACACAAACACACAUGCUAUUUUCAAAACCGAACCGAAUCAAUCAAUCAGCCAAUGGUGGCCAACACAAAGGCUGCAUUUGCGAUGGAACAAAUUAGAAAGGGGAAAGAAAAGUAAAUGUUUACUAAACUGUCUAGCGUUUCACUUAGUAGCCAGUGUGUGCGUGUUGGUGUGUGAUAGACGGGUAUGUAAAUCAAAAAAAGAAACAUUUACUAAAAGGAGAAACAAACAAACAGACAAACAAACAAAAUGAAGCAGGUGAAAACGUACACACAAACACACAUUCAAGCGAACAAAAUGGUACAAAUAAGCAAAGCGCAACGUCUCGCAAGAAUUGUGUUUUUGUGGUCUUACAGAGGCGAGCAAACGAUAAGCCACACAACAAAAGAAAGCAAGAGCAGAUAACUAGCAUAAGCGAAACAGGAAUGGCCGAAGGCGUGUAACAGUACAACGCAUGUAAAAGGGUGUGAGCGUGAUCUUUGUAAAAUCGAAUAAACGACUGUGUCGUGACGUACAGGAAGAGAAAACGGUGGAGGAAGCGGAGAAAGCAACAAAAAGAAGAAAAAAA